AUGUCGCUCGCUCCGCCAGCCGCCAAAGAUGGAUUCUCCUACGCUGGGGAUUCCAUCUAUGUCGAGGCCAGUGGCCACAAUCGCCAUCGACGGGCCACGAUCCCCGAGCUCAAGGCUCAUUUUAAAGGCUCCAGCGACGUGAAAGAUCCCCCUGCCCACUGGUACGAGGCUCAAUUGCUUCACUAUGGCCUUCCGCCUUCAAAGGCCAAAGGCACUGCCAAGAUGCGCUUAGUCGAAGCCGUCAGCAAGGGAAAAAUUGCUGUUCCUGCUCAUAUUCAAAAACUUGAGACAGAUCUGAAGAAGGAGUGGACGAAGAGUGAGAGUGAGGCGAAGAAGGCUCUCAAGCCGCAAGCAAUUCCAGCUUCAGCGACUAAAGGCACGAAGAGAAAGGCAGAUACUACUGUUGUUACUGCCACCAAUAUCAACUUGAAUCUAUCAUUCUCAGUCAACUCUGCCGGUUCAGUGCAGAUCCAAUCUGCGGUACAGCCCAAGAAGAAGGCGAAGAUAGCCGGGAGUUCUACAGCAGAAAAGGCACCCAAGCAACCUGUCAAGGCCCCGGCCAGCACUGCAAAGAAAGCUCCGGUAGCAAAGAUCAAGGAACAGAAGACAUCACCCGCUGUUUCCAGUAAGGCCGUAACUACGAAGUCUACCCCGGCGAGUAAGGCAACGAAGAUAUCAAAGCCCAAGGAGUCCAAAGCAGCAAACUCUGCUCUCAAGGUUCCCAACGAGAAAGCCGAUAGGAAGACACCACGAAAGCCACAAACUGCUAGACGAGGUGGUGCCACGGCUGGUAACAGAACCAAGACUUCCGGUCAGGUUGCUACUCCGUCUUCUUCUAAGGCUCCUCCACUUCCUUGUACCAAGCAAACGGCUCGUCGAGGAGGUACUUCCGCCGCUGGCAAUGCCAAAGGUCCGAGUCGCGCAGGGCAGCAGCCCUCGCAUGAAUUCUCUCACACUCCUGUGAAGAUGAAGCAAACUGCCCUUCGUGGAGGAAUGCAGGGUGGCGGAAGAGCUACCAUCCCUAGUGCUUCCUUUGGAACUACCGAGGAUUAUGAUGAACCUCCGCCGCCAUACACAGAAUUUCCUGACGAGAAUCUCGAUGAGGCAGCAAAUGGCAACUCAGAAGAUGAGGGAUAUGAUGACGAAUACAGCGAUCUUGAUAGAGAUGGUAUGGACGUCGAGGAUGACUAUGACGGCAACGACUCCGAAGAGGAAUUGGCGCCACUUGGCCUCCUCAAUGGUCGAUACGACAUUGAAUGCUCCGCUCUGUCUGCCGCAUCCCAGGACCUCGAUGUCGACUCUGGCCUAAUUCUUACGUUGGAUGGCAAUUCGCUAUGGGGUUCAUUCGAUAUCUGCGGCAUUAAUGGCAUCUUUCGUCUCCCUGAGCGACCUUGGCAAUCAUCUCACGAAGGACUACGCAUUGCUUGGCGUGGGAAUGAUGAUGAGGGCAACACCUUCCGAGGCGAUGACCACCGUGGUGACAUUUGGUUCCUGGGCGGAGGCCGAAUUAAGGGCGAGAUUCUAUCAGAGUACGAUGGAUGGUAUGAGUUUCAUGGCCAGAGAAUCAGUGGACAGGAGACCCGAAGCGAGAUCAGUGCCUGGUCAAUGAGGCAACAGUGGGACGAACUCGACUGGUGA